AUGACUGACAAGAACAAAGAUGCUCGUUUUGUCACCAACGUCUUUGUUGACAGUAGCUCAGCGUGUCCAGCCACGAUCCUAGUCAACGGCACGGCAUCCGACAUGGAAGACAGUCUUCCUACUGGCAUCACGCGACGGAAGGUGUCGCUGAUGCCCACUGUGACAGAGGAAGACCUUCGUCGUUCCGGGCUAGGCCAGCGUGAUCCGAUCUCGGUGGCUCAGGUGUUCGGAGAAGACUUCGCGUCAAGGUUUUGUGUCCCAGUCUGUAUCACUCUUAACUCUCCAUCGCCUCCACCGUACGAUUCGAAGGAGAAGAUGUUGAUUAAAGAAUCCAAGCCCAAGUUGCCAUUUGGGAAGAGGGACGAGCGUAUUCCAAGGUAGUCGAAAAGGCGGUCUAUUUAUAUUGUUAUAGAGGGGUUCCGGCGUUGAAGGUGCGGGUAAAGAAGUCGAUGAACACAUCGUUCUCGUUCGAGGAUGUCUCUGUUCCUCUGCCAGUCUCUUCUCAGAAGUUUAUGUUUUGUGAAGGGACAGCCCAUAUUGUAAAGAAGAUUCCGUCCAGUAAGUUGUGCUUGUAAUAACUAGAUAUUUGAGUUUAUAUUUGAUUUGAAUUAAUAUUUUAAACUUAUUGAUCUAAAGUACUAUAAACUUCAGGUCUUGCGUCAGAAAACUAUGACUUCCAACAGUUUCAGCUGGUAUUCAACGAUUGGGUAAGUUAAUAUGCAAAUUUGAGACAAUUUCGUAGAUAAAACAAGAGACUGGAUGUCGAGGAUCAGCCUUUAUAAUCAACUCCAGCGAAUACGACUGCAGCGUAUGUCAUGUAAGUAACAUAGAGAGUCAUUAGAAUUACUUUAUUUUUUAUUUUUAAGUUGAGAAUAUUAUUAUUAUUAUUAAUAUUAUUAUUUAGUAGUUUCUUUAAUAUAUUAUUGUAAAAGCUCUACUGUUUAUAUUCCAUCUUCAUAAAUAUUAAUUUAAAAAUAAAAAACAAACAUUAAUCAUGUGAACUUCAGGUGAGCGGUUCAGAAGUCUUGGACGAGCCGAUUUCUUGUGUGAGUUUAACUGUUUACAGUAAUUUUGUUAUUGUUGUUUCCACCUGAUUACUGAGCUGUAAACCUUUUCUCAGAAUUACCAUUAACAAUUUAAGGGGGACACGGGCAAGUUCACUGAAGCGUUAGGCUUCUUGACAAGUGCUACAGCUGUCGAUGAGCCGCUACAAGACCACGAUCACACUCCAAGCACAUCCAGAGUGAUCGGUCCAGUAAUGAUUGACAUACGAGAGUUCAACGAGGUGUGUUAACAUUAAUUUACUUUAAAUAGCGUUAAAAACUUAAUUACGUUCACGACGAACGCAAGCAAACUCAACACGAGGCCGUGUUUGUUUUCGAUAGCUUAUCAGGUUAUUUUGAUUUCAGACCAUGUCCGAGCCCUUGUGGCGGAUCGUCAACUCGAUCGCUAGCCAGUCCUCGGCCCAAGAGACCGGUGUCCCAGCUGCCUCAGUCUGUGGUGUGAUGACGGGUUGCGGCUUUCUGACAGCGCUUCUUAUUGUACACCAGUCGGAAAGGUAAGCCUUGUGUAACAUAUUUCGACAACUCUGUUUUGUAACCAUUUAUCUGUUGUUAUUUUUAACUGAUAACGCUUGUUUUCGAGCACUUAUAUUUACAGUAAACGUGGCGAGGAGUUGAAAGGGCUUCUCAAUCACUUUGGUAUGAUCGCAUCGCUCACGUCGGUCGCGUGGAACGUUGAGGAACAACGCCGGAUCGCCCACCAAUCUGAGGUGGUUCUGUCAACUACUCAGAGUGUCUUUGCCAGUAUACGUAAGUCUAAAUAUAAAGUUAACUACAGAUGUAAAGGGUAAAGUAUCUUUUACAAGGCAUAGUUGGUUUAAUAAUAUCUUUUGGUAACAACAAGACUAGUGGUACUUUUCGUACCAAUAAGAUUGGCAGUCGAGUCCUCUCGAAGACGUGUCUGUUUCUCUGUUGUUGUACAAGGCCGUUUGUUUAGUUAUGUGGAGCCACGUGUUCUCCUUCUCCUCUAUUAUUGUUCUGAGUAAAUAUUGGUUUAGAUUCGUUUAGGAGCUGACCAGGGUUUUGGUUUUAACGUCACGGUAAAGGGCGAUUUGGACAGGAUUAGUUAAAUGGAUUAGCCGCGGAAAGCUUCUUAUUCAAUAUUAUUGUUUAAUUGUUUUCGGCAUGCGACCGAAUCUCGAUACUGUUUUUGUUUUCUUAGUUGCGCAACUCGAUUACGACCUUUAAGGGCGCGUUUUAACAUAACAAUAGACUCUACUAGUUGUUAAAGUUCAAUUUUUCAAGAUCUCGCCAUUGUAACAGAAGCGACGCUCGCUUAGAAUAUUUUUGAAUCCUAAAAUACGGACGACAGAACUAAUAGAAGGCCCUGAUUUAUAUGUGUUUCUUCGCGAAUUCAAGAUUUAUAUGUGCCUAACGUAGCGUGAGAACUUUUCGACUUUGGUUAGGUAUAAUACGAAGUCCCACUCCUACACAAGAGGUCAGUCGAACAUGACAAUCAGGUUUAUGUUUUCACGUUGGCUCUGUUAAUCAUGAUGUUAUAAGUGGGAAAGAAGACGACAAAAACAAGUAACAUCCUUUACUUAAUGUAGAUUUAAACAGAAUGAUGUGAGGAGGAAGGGGGGGGAGAGUUUUUUGUGUAGAACUGGGAGGGCCAUGCCCUGGGGGGGGGGACGAAGCGAAGGAAAGCGUCUGGCUGUGCCGCUAAGCAUUUGAAAGAGGCCUUCUUGUGAGCCUCGCACACCGUCUCUUAGGCCUCACUCACACCUUUUGGGGCCGUGAGAGUGAGAGUAGAGCGUCGUUCUGUGUCGGAGGUGUUAUGCCGAUGCUCUACUUUUGUUUUCGUCUUUAAUUUGGUCGUUUCGUUUUGACCCGAUCUUGACGUGCAACAACCCCAGUUGACGUCCCAUUUAUUCCUCUCUACUUGCUCUAGUUCUAAACUGGCACAGCAAACUUGUCAACGUGCUCGUCCGUUCUGGAUGGACUCGAACGCCCACGACGACGUCGCUCCGUCCAGCUCCAAGUCAUGUUCCGGUGACGAUGAGUCAGACGAGCCCCGAGCCAAGUCCAGGCGCACUGACGCCACGGCGGUUGGUGAGAUACCGCGCCAAGAACGUCACACCGUCCUGCUAAGCGCAAUGGUUGCUCCGUCGCGAUCACAAUGUUCAUCGCCAGUACGAAGGAUGCUGGCCGACAGACAGACUUCAGGCUUCCAGCCUUCGUUCGCGACAGAUGAGAAUGGGGACUUGAUUGCCAAUAUAGAAAGUAAAACAACUUCUUAAUUGGGAUUUAAUUAGUCCACCUUAGUCACUUAAUUUUGUUUUUUCAGAAGACAUGAAUCUGCUUGUGAGUAACAUCACCAAAGAAGCCAAAAUGUUGGUUUCAGCUGAAAUGUGAGUUUGUUUUUUUGGAAAACGGCUUUCUCUUUAUUUCAGCUGCUCGCUGUUCCUUCUCGACUCCGAGCAUGAUGAAUUGGUAGCCGAAGUGUUCGAACAGAAGGGCAACUCCGACGAAUACCUACAGGAAAUCCGAAUGCCAUUGAAUCAAGGCAUCGUGGGUCACGUGGCAACCACCGGGGAGCUGAUGAACGUGAAGGACGUGUACAAGUAAGUCAGAGAGCAAGAGUACAACAUGCUUUCAGUCAUCCCUACUUCUACCCCAAUGUGGACCAGAAGACCGGCUUCAAGACCCGCAACAUUCUCUGCUUCCCCAUCAAGGACAGUGGUGGCAACUUGGUUGGAGUUGCCGAGUUGUGCAACAAAAUCGACAAGCCGGCCUUUACUUUGCACGACGAACAAGUGGCCAUGACUUUCGCCGUGUACUGUGCCAUUAGUAUCUCUCAUGUAAGUCUGAUACUCAAAUUGUUAUUUGUCGCACAAUUCGGGAUCUCUGAGUAUUUACAAGUAACUCGUGCUAAUUGUAGUGUUUGUUGUACCGUAAACUGCAAGAAGCUCACCGACGAUCUCAUAUGGCGGCCGAACUCCUGGUUCAAGGCUCGACCCUCUCCAUAGCACCUGAGGAUAUCUUGAGGUUGACAGUACGAGAAAUACCGUCCCCCGAGUCUUUCCACCCCCAAUUCAGCAAUCUCUGUUUUGUACCUCGUUCUAUUGGUACUGGGGACACGUACGUCGAGGCAGCCCUCAGCAUGUUCCAAGUGAGUAAAGCGUCUUAAUGAAGCAUUACUUGACAACAUAAUAACAAAUAACUGAAAAAUAUGUUUUCAGGAACUCGGCUUCAUCGAGAAGUACCGUCUACGCAGAAGGACGUUGGCUCGCUUCUUGCUGAUGGUACAGAAGGGGUAUCGAGACGUGCCCUACCACAACUGGAGCCAUGCCUUCGCUGUGGCCCACUUCUGUUAUUUGUUAUGUCGCAUCAACAAAGUGAAGGAGUCUCUCAGCGAUUUGGAAAGACUGUCGCUUCUUGUAGCCUGUUUGUGUCAUGAUAUCGACCAUCGUGGCACAACCAACGCCUUCCAACUACAAUCGGUAAGUGUUUGUCGGGUUUACUAAUUACAAACUUAUACUUGACACUAUAUUUUGGCCCCAAUUCAAAUUGUAGCUUCAAACAUAAUAGGUAUGAGAGUAACUUGUUACAGAAGACCCCGCUUGCCCAGCUCUACAGUAGCGAAGGCUCUGUCUUGGAGCGACAUCAUUUUGCUCAAACCGUCACGAUACUGGGUAUGGAUGAGUGCAACAUCUUUGAGACGCUGACACGACAACAAUACCAAACAGUGCUAGAUAACAUACGAGAAGUCAUUUUAGCGACAGACAUAGCCGCUCAUCUGAGGAAGGUAGAAAGGAUACGAAGCAUGGUGAAUGUGGGAUACGACGAGAGCUCCAGCGAUCACCAUUACCUAUUCAUGUGUCUUCUGAUGACGGCUAGCGACCUCUCCGACCAGUCCAAGGACUUUAGGAAUUCGAAAGCAAUCGCGGUAAGCUGAGUCACCGUGUCAUUGUUAUGGUAAUACACCAAGGUUAAUAUGAUAAUAUGCAGAUUCACACAAAUUAUUGUUUUCCCGUAACACCUAAUGGUAAAUAACAAUACCAUACAUAAUUGAUGAUGCGUGUUUUGUAUAUCGAAAUACUAUAACGUCUUGUUUAUAGUAUUUCAGUUACUCUGUGUGUCAUUCGGAGGAAAUGACAUACGUAAACGGACAUAACACAUUGUUAUUACGUCUUUUGUAAGACGAUACCAUGCCUAAUGAUGCCUUUUUGUAGGAGAACAUCUACAAAGAAUUUUUCUCCCAAGGCGAUCUCGAGAAGCAAAUGGGAAAUCGACCGCUGGAGAUGAUGGACCGGGAGCGAGCUUGUGUCCCCAAGAUUCAGCUCGACUUCAUGGACACGGUAGCGCUACCUGUCUUUGAGUAAGUUGGAAGACACACAACAGAAAAAUAAAUUUAUAAUCAAUGGCAAUGACUAAAAAGACUUAUUUUGAUCAUGACUAACCUAGAAAUGACAAAGUACUUUCAGAUAUCUCGGAAAACUACUACCUGAAACCAUGAUCACGUAUGACUCCUUUAAACACAACCGGUCUUGUUGGGCCGUUCUAGAAGAGCUACUACAAGAAGAAGGCGUUCCUCAAGAAGGCCUCAACUACUUGAAGAACGACGAACUCGAGCAAAAGGUACUAGAAAGGGUACCAUCUCCAGAUGCCUGUAACCCGCCCAAAAGUUAA